ACGCGGCGGUCACGUCAACCCUUGAAGGUCCCACGCCCGAGCUCUUGCGUCCGCACGUGCGGGCUGUAUGAACCGAUGCCGACUAGGCCUUGUGGGUUACCGACGUGCCUAGGCGGAGUCAUUCUUGCUGGAAAGUCUACGUCCAUGGCUUCUCGGCCGCGGCCAUCAAGAUGAGCCAAAGCGCCGCCGCAGCCAAGAGACAACAACGUCGCAUCCCUGAUGCUCUCAGGAAACGAAAUGCGAAGAGCUGUGACCUGUGUCGUAAGCGACGAUGCCGUUGUGUACCUUCCCCCAAUAGCGAGGGUUGUGUUACCUGUCGCGAACAUAAUGUCCCUUGCACUUACACGGCCCCAAGGAAGACACGAUUCUACGGCAGUGUUGACGACCUCAGCGAUCGGUACCGAUGCUUGGAUGCCAUUGUCAAGGGCGCCUUUCCGAACGACCCUACCUCCACGGCCGCAGACCUCCUCCAGCUAGGCCAACGCAUGGGAUAUCUUAUGCCCGACCUAGCUCACUCCGACCAGCUUGGCGUUGACGAACUCGUCCGUGCCCCUGAGAGCAGCGGGCCCACACGCCCGAGCUCCACAACUUCCGACUCCCGGGAGACGGGCGACCGCACUUCUCCCGGCUCUGGACCGGCUAUUCCUGUUGCCGGUGGCUCUGGCGCCGACUCCGUGUUGGAUGCAGCCGCUCCUGAACCCGAUGAGCCCCACAUCUCUCUCAUCCGCGGGCCAUCAGGUAUCGAGCAUUAUGUCGGCCCCUCAGGUUCGCUCAACUUCCUGAGCCAGCUACGCCGUCUCAUCAUCUCCACGCAAGUUGCCACCGAGGAAGCUCAUACCGAGCGUGUGUCCAAGUUCACCCAAGAUCACAGCGCUCAAGCCCUCGAGGCCGAUGAGACGGACGACCCGCAAGACCCUGGGGUCGAUGUUCCGCAGGGAGUGCAAGGAACGGCCCCCGGUCUCAACGCCGCCUCGCCUGCCCAGGCGUCGGGCGGUUACGGACCUGACGACGGACUGUCACCUAGCGCCCUCGCAUCCUCCAUCGCCAGAGACUUUACUCGCAUGCCGGUCGUCGACCUCGAUGAGAUGCUGCGGGGCUUUCCGCCGGACGACAUCCUCGAGAUGCUCAUUCAUGCGUAUUUCAAGAACGUUCAUGAUGAUUUCCCUCUCUUUCAUCGUCCUACCUUUGAGAACGAGUACGAGCUCUACGUCGUCCAAGCGCGGCGGUACUUGAGAAUGGCUCCCAUCACCCCGAUCGCUGCGAUCCAAGGCAGUCGGCCCCUGCCCGACUGGGGAUGGGUGGGUUGUCUACACAUGAUGAUGGUUUUCGGCUCCAUUUCCAACCCCCGCAUCCCCGGGAUCGAUCAUUACAAGCUUCGCCGGGAAUGUAUCGCCGCCGCGCGCCUCCUCCUGCCACAUUUCGUUUCCAAGUGCACCCUGUCCAACGUGCGUGUUCUCUUGCUGCUCUCCUUGUUCCUCCACAACAAUAGUGAGCGAAAUGCGGCGUGGAACCUCGUGGGUGCGGCUACACGCAUCUCGUUCGCACUGGGCCUCCACCGCAGCGACAUGAGCUCCGCCUUCCGGCCACUAGACCGCGAGGUCCGGAAGUGGGUCUUUUGUACGCUCUAUGCAUUCGAACAGUUCCUGGCUUCCAGUCUUGGUCGCCCCAGCGGCCUGCAGGAGAUGGACGUAGAGGUCAUCCCACCCCGGGAAGGAUUCCUCGAAGGUGGGAGCGGCAUGGACGCGAAACUGGUAUCCCUGUCGCUCAAGCUGCAAGCGGUACUCGCCAAGACGCGGUUCAUGUACGCCAGGCCACGGAAGCUCGACGCGGGGCCGCCACUCGGUCCGGCCAAGCCGACCAUUGAGGAUAUCUUGAAAUCUCUCGCUACGUGGAAGCAAGAAGUUGUUCGCACAAGCUUCAACCUGCCAUCCGUCAAGUCGGGGGUACAGAUCUGCGGCACCAUCGACGACACGGAGGUGGUGGGAUUCGACGAGCUCAAGCUGUCGCUCUCGUGGAAGACCAGGUCGCAGCUCCGUGCUGUGCUGCUGCUCCAUAUCCAGUACCAUCACAUCGCCAUAGUAUGCACGCGACCGGUCCUGCUACGGGAGAUAGCGGCGGCGCAGAAACCCAGGGCGGCGCAGGACGACAAGAUGAACGACGACGGCGGCAACGGGGCGGCGUCCAUGUCACCCGUCUCGGACAUUUGCCUCUACCACGCCUGCCAGCUGGCGUACCUGGUGCUGCUUCUCGACGCGUUCCAGCUCGUGAACGGGCUCUCGGGCCUGGACGUCUUUUACGCCUACGCGGCUGCCAUGGUCCUCAUUCUCCGGCUCCUGCGGCGGCCGCUCAGGCCGGAGGAAGCACAGGCGCCGCGGUCGCGGUCGCGGUCGCGCGAGGCGGAGGUCCUGGUCCUGGUCAAGGACCUCGUGCUGCGCGUGCAGGCCGUCAUCCACCGGACGGAGAAGAGCGGGUCGAUGAAGCGGUUCGCGAACGUGGUCGACGCCUUUGCCGAGUGCACGAGCGAAACGGGGCGGCAGCGUCUCGGGUGGGCCGAUUCCGGGCAGGCCGAAGGGCAGCAGGCUUGGGUAGGAGGUAACGGCGGGGUCGUCACUGCUCCGGGCGAGACCGUCGCGGUCGGCGUACAUGGGCAACCACCUGGGGUACCGGGCUUCAAUCCGCAGGCGGGCACGGGCACUGGCACGGGCACGGUGGCUAUGCCGUUGCAUCCCGAGCAGGCGAUGGUUGUACGGCCGGGACCGAAUGAGGCGGCCCACUUGGAGACGCCGACAAAUAUGUGGCCGCUGUCCACGUUUGGGGCGAUGGGGGUCCAGCUUGACGACGGUGGUUUAUGCUUUCAGUCUACUGGGAACGAUCCUGGUGCGGCACCGGAAUGGGGGGACAUGGAGACGGUGUUUGCGACUUAUGGGAUACCCUAAUUAUAUUGGUCGGCGGGCUUUGUAUGAUAUAUGAUACAUGUAUGCAAUGCAACGUACGGCGUUGAGACUAGAAUGGUAUGGUGAGGGGGUGCGGUUUUGGCGUUUAGACCGGUGUCAGCCAUGGAUGCCGGUUGCGGAAAUGUUUUUAUACUUUUACUAGACCAACGAUGCCGGUGUAGGUAUCGUGAGAUGAUGGCAUGAUGUCCGUACUCAUACGAUUCCAGAUGUUCUGUGGUCCGGGAAAGAAAAUCAGCGCCUGACCAGGGGAUGCACCCGGGCUAGGCUUCUCCUCCAUUUCGACGGCGGCGAGGGAGGGGAAUCUUUCGCCAGACGGCUCUAGUCAACGCUGGACAUUUGGUGAUAUGUUUAGUAGGCGUCAUGCAUUUAACCUGUCAGCACUUAAUUAACGGCACG